AUGGUCGACUCAGUCACCUCCCGUCAGCGGCCUUCGCUUGGCCAGAUGCGAGGCAAUUCCUUCCUGCAGGACCAUCAGCAGUAUAAGCCCCCAAUUAACCAGACAAUUGGAGAGGUACUCAGCGCACAGCUGGACGAGGUCACAUUGACCAACCCGAUCAAACCAGAUCCAGAGCGUGUCACAGAUAGCGGCAUCAUUCACAGCAUCUUCAACCACCAGACCAACCAACUUCCGCAGGGUACCCCGCGCAUCGUCGCGACCAUCUUCUACAAGUCCGCCAAUCCCGUCCACCCCCACUACCACCCCGAUGCCUCGCCUGCUUUGCACCCAGGUGAUAAGCUGCCCUCGCCGCAUAUUCCCGCCGGGUCAGCUCCGUCAGUUGAUAUCGAGAAGAUUCCUCGUGAGCCGCCUGCACCGGAGCCCGAACCGCUGGACCACCUGUACGGGCCAUACGUCUCGCAGCUGUGCCUGACCAACUUCCUCCAAACUCUUGAGUCCUUGCCCACCCCGUAUCAGCGCACAAACACCUCACACCGCUGCCUGGAUCGCGAGCAGCAUCCCCGUGUCGUGGAAGUAACUAUCUCCCCACCACCGGAUCCCGCGUAUCUUUCGUUCAGCGAUCUGCGCAAGCAUGAAAAUAUCUGGCGGUUCGAGCGCGAGUGGAAUGUUGAAGUGGUGCUACAGCAAGAGAGUGUCUUCCGCCGGCAUAAGCGGCUAGCAGUGUUCGAUAUGGACAGCACUCUGAUUGAGAACGAGGUCAUUGAUGAGAUUGCCAAGUUCAUCGGUGUAGAGAAGGAAGUUUCAGAAAUCACUGAGCGCGCUAUGAAUGGUGAACUCGACUUUUCGGCGUCCUUAAAGGAGCGUGUCGGUCUACUCAAGGGUGUCCCGGCCGAUGUGUUUGACAAGCUCAAAUCGGUUAUCACCAUCGCCAAGGGUGCCCGCGAGUUGUGCCGUGCCCUGAAAGCUCUGGGCUUCAAGAUGGCCGUUCUGAGCGGUGGUUUCCAGCCUCUGGCUGAGUGGCUUGCUGGCCAGUUGGGCCUGGAUUACGCAGUUGCGAAUCACCUUGAGAUCGACCCGGUAACCCAGACUCUCACCGGAAAGCUGGUAGAGAACAAGCCCAUCAUCGACGCCGCUCAAAAGCGCACCCUCCUCAAGUCAAUCGCUGCUGAGAACAACAUUCCCCUCUCUCAGACGAUCUCUGUUGGUGACGGAGCCAAUGAUCUUCUCAUGCUUCACGCAGCAGGCCUGGGUGUCGCCUGGCGCGCCAAGACCAAGGUCCAGCUCGAAGCCCCCACUCGCAUAAACGGCGAGAGCCUCACCGAUAUCCUCUACCUGCUGGGACUGGACAAUGAGGAUAUUUCCGAAGUCAUCAAGAACACGGAGUAA